AUGGGUGGUGUUCUAUCAGGAGAUCGAGUGUUCAAUGAUACCAAAGCAAUUCAUAAUGUGGACAGACAAAUGCUUCAUAAUCAUGAUCCGACAUUGUCAGUGAGUUGUCCGGAAGUCACCACCGAAAUGCACGAUCGUCUCAACUUCCCAAAAGUCGAACUUCAUCUGCAUCUCGAUGGAGCUGCCAGAUUUGACACACUGCUUGAGCUGUCUCAACAGAAAGGAAUCUCUCUAGCCGGAGCUAAGACUGUUGAAGAGCUCAAAAAGGUUCUCGUAACUCACGAGCCAGCUAAUCUCUCAAAAGUUCUCGAAGCUUUUGAAAUCUUUCUGCCAGUUAUCCGUGGAGAUUUGUCUGCAAUCGAACGUGUUGCUUAUGAACUCUGUGAAGAUCAACAUAACAAUGGAGUCGUCUAUUUUGAAGGAAGAUAUUCACCACAUUUGUUGCUUUCCAACGAUUAUCCAGAAGUAACAGCCGCCCAUGUCGUCGCUGCUGUCAAGAAAGGAUUCGAUCGCGGAGAGAAGCAGUUCGGAAUCAAGGCUCGUUCAAUCCUUUGUUGUAUUCGUGGUCUCGAUAAGAAGUUCCCACAAUUGAUUCUUGAUUUAGCCACUGACUUGAAACAACUCGGAGUCGUCGCAAUUGAUGUCGCAGGAUCAGCUCACGGAGCAGAUGAACAAUAUGAGCCAGAAGUUGUUGCAGCAUUCCAAGAAGCAUUCAAAAGAGGAAUUCAUCGAACUGUGCAUGCUGGAGAGUCUGGUGGACCAAAAGAAGUUUUGAGAGCAAUUGAAGAUAUGCAUGCUGAGAGAAUAGGACACGGAUAUCGUGUCAUGAGAGAUGAACAGAUGUAUAUUGAUAACUUUGUCAAUUCGAAGACAGUCCAUUUGGAAGCAUGCCCAUACUCUUCCGUUAUGACCGGUGCUGUUCCAUUGGAUUGGAAGAAUCAUCCGAUUUCCAGAUGGGCAGAAGAUGAUGUCAACUUCUCGAUUUCUCGUGAUGAUCCAACGUGUUUCGACAAUUCAAUGCUCAGUGAAUUGACAUUGUCUCAUAAACAAGUUGGAUUGAACGUUCAUCAACUCUGGAAGGCUCAACUCAACGCUGCCCGUUCCUGUUUCCUACCUGAAGAUGAAAAGGCAGAACUCGUGAAGUUGGUUCAGGCCGGAGAGCCUCCUCGUCCAUAA